UGAGAUUCUCAGUGCAGGCGUAGAGUCAUGAGUAGCUUACGACACUCAGUGAACGCUAGGUGCCUCUGCAUGCUUCAGCAACAUACUGCUCCGGCUCCAGCAAAAAAAGGAGCUUUCUGCCUGAUUGUCUUUCUCUGCCCCGGCUACAAGCAGCUCACAAGCAACGCGGGGAGGGGAAGAUAAAAAAAACAACCAUUCACCAAUUCAUCUCUCCGGGGCUGAAUGACUUCCACAAUCAAUUGGAGUUACAUUUUAUUUUUUGGGGGGCGAACGUCGGUGGGAUUCAGGUGAUGGACACUGAGCAGACUGCAAGAUCCCGGAGAGUCGUUAGCAAAGCCGUUUCCACAACGUCGCCGUGUUAACUGCAGAGGCAAAAAAAAAACCCAAAACCAAAACGACGGCGGGAUUUUAGUAGUUGUGGAACUUGAAGGUCCUACAAGUCAUCUGAAAGGUAACCGGACCCCCCCUUCCUUUCCUCCGCUUUCCCCAUUCAUCUUAUAGAGGCAAAGUGGGACAUUGUGAGGCUGCCAGCAUUGUACAAACUGAAAGGCAGCACAGAGGGGUCUUUUAGCCCUGCGUAUAAUUAGCCAAAACACAAAGGCAGCAGCUGAAUGGAGGCUGUCACUCUCUGGAGAAAGGGUGGGUGAGAGACUUUUUACAUGAAUUUUUUUUACAUGAAGAAAUAUCUAUAUUUCAAACCCUUCCCCGCAGCGUUUAACAUGAGCGAAACCUCAGCCUCUCUGCCUGCGAAUCCCCAUGAACUUUAACGCUGCCGACAUUCUCCUUGCCGUAAAGUCUGCCCCCACCUGUGUGUCUGUUGAUCUAUGUAUUUUAUUAAAAUAUGAUGUAGAAUCUGGGCAAGAUUCAAUGGACAUUCUCGAGAAAACCUGGAUACAUUCUUGCUAAUGGAUUUCCUUCUCAUUGGUCUCUGCUUAAACUGGCUGCUAAGGAAGCCCCCAGGGUUAAUACUGUGUACGUUGGGUGUAUUUGUUAAAAUGCUUCCACUGGUGAAUAGUGGGUGUCCGAGGCUGUGCCGGUGCGAGGGCAGGUUCCUGUACUGCGAGUCGCAGAAUGUCACUGAGAUCCCUCACAACCUGUCGGGCGUAAUGGGCUUGUCUCUGCGGUACAACAGCCUUUCAGAGCUACAAGACGGCCAGUUCACAGGGUUAAUUCAGCUCACGUGGCUCUAUCUGGAUCACAAUCACAUCCACACAGUAGAGGGAAAUGCCUUUCACAAACUGCGUAGAGUUAAAGAACUCACUCUUAGUUCCAACAAAAUCACACAUCUGGCCAACACCACUUUCCGACCCAUGCCAAACUUGCGCAGUGUGGAUUUAUCCAACAAUAACCUACAGUCUCUGGAAGCGGAUCUCUUUCAUGGGCUGCGCAAGCUGACGACUUUGCAUAUGCGCUACAACGCCAUCAAGUUUGUACCAGUCAGAAUCUUUCAGGACUGUCGCAGCCUGAAGUUCCUGGACUUGGGAUACAAUCAGUUGAAGAGCCUUGCUCGCAACUCCUUCGCGGGUUUGUUUAAGCUCACCGAGCUCCACCUCGAGCACAAUGACUUGGUGAAGGUGAAUUUAGCUCAUUUUCCCCGGCUCCUAUCCUUGCACUCUCUAUUUAUGAGGAGGAAUAAGGUGACUAUAGUGGUGAACUCCUUGGACUUCGUAUGGAAACUAGAAAAAAUGGACCUCUCUGGGAAUGAAAUUGAAUACAUCGAACCUCACGUUUUUGAAAGUUUACCUCAUCUGGAAUCACUGCAACUCGACUCCAAUCGACUGACUUACGUUGAUCCUAGAAUCUUAAACUCUUGGAAAUCCCUUUCCAGCAUCACCCUUGCUGGGAACAACUGGGACUGUGGCCGCAACGUUUGUGCUUUGGCCUCUUGGCUCAGCGCUUUCAAAGGUCGCUGCGAUGGCAAUAUGCUAUGCACGACCCCGGAGUAUGCCCAGGGUGAGGACGUCCUUGACGCCGUUUACUUUUUCCGUUUGUGCGACGACCCGGUAGAUCCAACCAGUGCUAAUGCUAUUUCUACAGCACUGAACAACAGUGACAGAAUUGCCAUUGACAGCCCCACUGCUACUAGUUACAACGUGCAGGAUACCGAAGGGGAAAGAACCACCAACGUCCAAACGGCAACUGUGGCCAAUGAGCACCACGAGAACACGGUUCAGAUCCACAAGGUGGUCACGGGGACCAUGGCUCUGAUUUUUUCCUUUCUCAUUGUGGUUUUGAUGUUGUAUGUUUCAUGGAAGUGUUUCCCUGCCAGCCUUAGACAGCUGAGGCAGUGCUUUGUGACACAACGUAGGAAGCAAAAGCAGAAACAGACCAUGCAUCAAAUGGCUUCCAUGUCGGCCCAGGAAUAUUACGUUGAUUAUAAACCCAAUCACAUUGAAGGAGCUUUGGUUAUCAUUAAUGAGUAUGGUUCCUGCUCUUGUCAUCAGCAGCCUGCAAGGGAGUGUGAGGUGUGAUUUGUAUGGGAAUGAAACAAUUGUACAACCAAAUAACAAUCACAGACAGGUGAAUGGCCAGCGGGGUGUGCUUGGUGAUGCACUUUUUUCUGAUUGACAUGGAGAAAGACUUGACAUUUUAGCUUUAUUGUGUCUUAAAUCUACAGGACAGCCAACCAUAAAACAAACAUACAAAAAAAAUAUUCAUACGGUAUGAAGAUCUGUCUAUAUUCAGGAAUCUGAAAGUGUAAAAAAAAAAAAAAAAAAAAGGUACCACAUUGAUUUUUUUGUAAACUAUGAUGUUUAAAAAAAUAAAAAAAAAUAGCAUUUACAAUAUUUGAAGAGUGAUUUGACUAAAUCCAUGAUGCAAAACAAAAAGGAGGUAUUUUUGUAUCCCCCAGUCUUUGGCAAUCUAUCAUCUGGCUCUUUACAAAUAAAGCAACCUUGGUUUAGAUAAAGGUGGACGAGUGGAUCAUUCUACUAAAUGAUUCCUUUGCUGCCGUCCAUUGUACUGGGUGCCGUCUUGUAAUGGGUGCCCUGCAGCCCAACCGGAAACUUGCCUUGGUAACGAGAUCUUGGUUAAUGGUCUUAGGUGGCUUCCCAAAAUAGACUCUACACUAGGUAGGUAGAUAG